AGCGGCUCGGUGCACUGACUCUCUGCGGGCGACGGAGCAUCUCAGACGGGAUGGAGCCUGCGGGUACCCGCCGGCAGACCCACUAAUCCCCGGGCCGCCGGUGUGUCUGUCCGGUCCGCCGGUGACGGGUGACGAUGUCUGUCUCCGGGAUGAAGAAGCAGCUCCAUAAAGCCAGCCAGCUGCUGAAUGAAAGGCUGAUGGGAGCUGAAGGAACCAAGAUGGAUGACGACUUCCUGCAGAUGGAGAAGAGUGUUGCAGUGAUCCACAUUCUGCUGGUCGAGCUGCUGUCCAAAACCACAGAGUUCCUCCAGCCGAAUCCAGCGUACAGAGCCAAACUGAGCAUGCUCAACACGAUGUCCAGGAUCCGAGGGCAGGGGAAGUCGGUGGGCUACCCGCAGACAGAGGGCAUGCUGGGAGAGUGCAUGCUGCACUACGGCCAGGAGCUGGGAGCUGCUUCUGAAUUCGGCGGCGCUCUGGCCGGUGUAGGUGAAGCUCUGCAGCAGGUCGGACAAGCCCGGGACGCUCUGGACGUCGACGUCAAACGCACCUUCAUCGACCCUCUGCAGGACCUUCAAAACACAGAUCUGAAGGAGAUCAGGUACCAGCUGAAGAAGCUGAACGGUCGUCGGCUUGACUUUGACUACAAGAGGAGACGAAGAGGGAAAGUCCCGGUGGAGGACGUCCGGCAGGCCUGGGACAAGUUCAUGAGCUCCAAGGAGCUGGCGGAGAGGAGCAUGUUCAUCCUGCUGCAGAACGACGUGGAUCGACUCAGUCGGCUGGCAGCUCUGGUCACUGCACUGCUGGACUUUCACCGCCACGCCCACCGCAUCCUGCUGGGUCUCCAUGGCAACCUGCAGGCUAGGCUGACUGCUGCCAGUAACAAACCAGAGCGACGGUUUCGCCCCAGAAAGAUCCGAGUCAGAAGCGAACACAACGUCAGCAUCGGAUUUUACCACCAGCCAUCUAUCACAUCCACGGUUCACUCAGGAGAGCAGUUCACAGCGUUACCAUCCAGACCCAGCAGCCCCAUUUCCUGUUAUGCUGACAGUAAACUGGUCCUGGAUCAGCCCUGUUGCCGGGCGCUGUACUCCUUCCACUCUAACCACAACGGCGAGCUGAGCUUCAGUGAGGGUGACCUCAUCCUCCUCACUGGUCAGGUCGACGCCAACUGGUACGAAGGCACGCUCGGUGGCAAAUCAGGAUUGUUCCCCGUCAGCUACGUGGACGUGGUGGUACCUCUGCCGUUACCGUGACAACGUAUUAAAAAAAAAAAAAAACACAUCCAUAGACUCCACGCUCACCUCAGAAAUCAGAUCGUAGAUGCUGAUCUGAUUUCUGCUCAGCAGCGGACGAUAUGCAAGUUUUCUGCUUCUAAUUUGCACUUAUUCACAAUUAAAUCAGCAGGCGACCUGUCUGUUUUAAAGGAAAGGAAGGCCAUAGUUUCUACUCGACAGCACUUUACUUUCUGAUCUCAGAGCAUCUCACGUCAUACUUCACCUCAUAAAAAUACCAGCCGGCUCUUAGCUGAGGUGUGUAAAGCGAAGCUCGGUCAGUUAAGUUAAAACGACAGUUAACACGACAUUUUUUACACUUCAGCGUAUUGUCCCUUUAAGACUUUUAGCUACAUUUCCUUCACAAAACUGCUCCUAACUUUUCACAUCACAUUUCUACCAGUGUCCUCAAAUGCUAAAUGCAGCCACAUUGGGUCUGAUACUAUCUGCAUUGUAGGGUUUAAUAGUUUUCAGACUGCUUUGAAUAGAACACUAAGGCACAAUUACUGUAAAUGUAGAAUCAUUAAUGUAAAUAAACAAGAGUCAGAGGAAGUUAUAAUAAUUCAGCUUGAGGGGAACAUGAAUUUGUGAACCCAAUUUUA